AUGACGGUCUUACCUAGUCGAGAAGAACUCACUUCUCGUGUUGUCCCGUCGAUGGCUUUCAGCGACGGUAGUCCCUCAUCUAUGACCCCCGCUCCUCCAUCGACCAUAGAAAGCGACCCCGCUGUUGGCGCCGAGAAGCGAUUUUCUGUCCGAGGAAAUGCAAUUGUCACUGGUGGUGCCGGCACUCUUGGUCUUCAAGCAUGUAAUGCCCUCCUUGAGCAUGGUCUUCAGGGACUUAUGAUAUUUGAUAUCAACCCCGCAAAUUCAGAAAAGGAGAUCGCCCAACUGCAAACUAAAUUUCCCGAUACCAAAAUUAAAUACCAAAAGGUGGACAUUACAGAUGAAGAAGUCGUUAAUAACGCGGUAGACGAAACAGCCCGCGUCCUAGGCUCAGUGGACAUUCUGGUCUCAUUUGCUGGCAUUGUUGGUGUUGUUGAGUCACUUGAGAUGCCUAUAUCCGCAUGGCGAAAGAUGCUGGAUGUCAACACUACAGGUGCAUUCAUCUGCGCCCAGGCAGCAGCUCGACACAUGGUCAAGCAAGGAUCCGGAGGCUCAAUCACGUUUAUCGCAAGCAUCUCGGCUCACCGUGUCAACUUUCCUCAACCACAAGUCGCGUAUAAUGUGAGUAAAUCAGCUCUUUUAAUGCUGAAAAGCUCUCUUGCUACUGAAUGGGCCCGAUAUGGCAUUCGUGUUAAUAGCGUGAGUCCUGGGUAUAUGGAUACUAUUCUUAAUGAAGGUGACGGCAUCGCUUCUCAUCGGGAAAUUUGGUGUCAGCGCAAUCCUAUGGGUCGAAUGGGUAGCCCAUCAGAGGUCUCCGGUGCAGUCGUCUUUCUGAGCAGUGCGAGCUCGUCAUAUAUUAAUGGGGCAGAUAUUGUUGUUGACGGAGGAGCCAUUUCAUUGUAA